GUCCCUGCUGGGAAGUGGGGCGGGAGUAGGUGGUCCUGGGAAUCUGGACAGGAGGUCAGGGCUCCAGUCCCUGGAUCUGGGGUGGGGGGAGGAGGAGACCCAUGAGGCCCCCGCCAGGCCCCCAGGAGGUGUCAGCACUGUUCUCCAUCCACUCAGGUGUGAGCCAGGCACCAGGCCCUGGACUCAGGCCACCCUGAGAUCCACUGCUGGCCACCCCUGAGGACGUCAUGAGCCAGUCGGGGUCUAUGAGCUGCUGCCCAGGUGCUGCCAAUGGCAGCCUGGGCCGGUCUGACAGUGUGGCCAAGAUGAGUGCCAAGGACCUGUUUGAACAGAGGAAGAAGUACUCCAACUCCAACGUGAUCAUGCACGAGACCUCCCAGUACCAUGUCCAGCACUUGGCCACAUUCAUCAUGGACAAGAGCGAGGCCAUUGUGUCUGUGGACGACGCCAUCCGGAAGCUGGUGCAGCUGAGCUCCAAGGAGAAGAUCUGGACCCAGGAGAUGCUGCUGCAGGUCAACGACAAGUCGCUGCGGCUGCUGGACAUGGAGUCCCAGGAGGAGCUGGAGAACUUCCCGCUGCCCACGGUGCGGCACAGCCAGACGGUGCUGAACCAGCUGCGCUACCCGUCGGUGCUGCUGCUCGUGUGCCAGGACUCGGAGCAGAACAAGCCCGACAUCCACUUCUUCAACUGCGAUGAGGUGGAGGCGGAGCUGGUGCACGAGGACAUCGAGAGCGCCCUGGCCGACUGCCGCCUGGGAAAGAAGAUGCGGCCCCAGACCCUGAAGGGCCACCAGGAGAAGCUCCGGCAGCGGCAAUCGGUGCUGCCUCCUCGCCAGGGCCCGGCCCCCGUGCCCUUCCAGCCCUACGCCCAGAACUCCUCGCCCCCCAAGAACCGAGUAGGCCUGCCGGUGCCGCCCGGCGAGCCAGGGUUCCGCUCUCAGGGGUCGCUGGAUGAGGAGGCCCCGCGGGCCGUGCUGGCGCAGAAGAUAGAGAAAGAGACGCAAAUCCUCAACUGCGCCCUGGACGACAUUGAAUGGUUCGUGGCCCGGCUGCAGAAGGCGGCUGAGGCGUUCAAGCAGCUGAACCAGCGCAAGAAGGGGAAGAGGAAGGGAAAGAAGGGGCCGGCAGAGGGUGUCCUCACGCUGCGGGCACGGCCCCCGUCCGAGGCCGAGUUUGUUGACUGUUUCCAGAAAAUCAAGCUGGCCAUCAACCUGCUUGCCAAGCUGCAGAAGCACAUCCAGAACCCCAGCGCGGCCGAGCUCGUGCAUUUCCUCUUCGGGCCUCUGGAGCUGAUCGUCAGCACCUGUGGUGGCCCGGACAUCGCACGUUCCGCCAUCACUCCCCUGCUCUCCCGAGACGCCGUGGGCUUCCUGCGGGGCCACCUAGUCCCCAAGGAGAUGGCACUGUGGGAUUUGCUGGGGGAGACCUGGACACGCCCCCGCUCCGAGUGGCCUCGGGAGCCACAGAUGCUCCUCUAUGUGCCCAAGUUCCACAGUGGCUGGGAGCCACCCCUGGACGUGCUGCAGGAGGCUCCCUGGGAAGUGGAGGGACUGGCCUCCGCCCCUGGUGACGAGCCGACCCCAGCAAACCGGCCAUCCUUUCGAAACUCCCCGAGGCACAGCGUCGCGUCUGAGCCCCCGCCCCCUGGGGACGUCCUCCCCCCAGUCAGCUCCCCGCAGGCUCACAGGGGCUACGAACCCACACCAGCCAUGGCCAAGUACGUCAAGGUCCUCUACGACUUCACAGCCCGAAAUGCCAAUGAGCUGUCCGUGCUCAAGGAUGAAGUCCUGGAGGUGCUGGAAGAUGGCCACCAGUGGUGGAAGCUUCGCAGCCGCAGCGGCCAGGCUGGCUACGUGCCCCACAACAUCCUGGAUGAGAUCAGGCCUGAGGACGUGGGCGCCCCCCACGAGCAGGCCGGUCUGAAAUACUGGGGUCCUGCCAGCCCGACCCACAAGCUGCUGCCAAGCUUCGCUGGAAACAAAGACGAGAUGAUCCACCACAUGGACGAGGUCAACGACGAGCUCAUCAAGAAGAUCAGCCACAUCAAGGCGCAGCCCCAGCGCCACUUCCGCGUGGAGCGCAGCCAGCCCGUGAGCCUGCCGCUCACCUACGAGUCGGGCCCCCUCGAGGUCCGCGCCUGGCUGGAAGCCAAGGCCUUCAGCGCGCGGAUCGUGGACAACCUGGGCAUCCUGACGGGCCCCCAGCUCUUCUCCCUGAACAAAGAGGAGCUGAAGAAGGUGUGCGGGGAGGAGGGCAUCCGCGUGUACAGCCAGCUCACCGUGCAGAAGGCCUUCCUGGAGAAGCAGCAAGGCGGGUCGGAGCUGGAGGAGCUCAUGAGCAAGUUCCAGAGGCGGAUGGAAGACGACAGCUAGACCCGGCUGUGCGGGCGCCGGGCACGCUGCUGGGCAGAGCACUGCGGGCGGCCCGCCCCAGGGCACGGAGUAUUAUUUUUGUAUGUGUAUGUAUUUUGUACCAUGGACGCGGAGGGAGUGUGGUGCUGGCCGCCGGCCCUGCACCCGGCCGGGGGCAGCUCACCUGCCUCAUGGCACGUGGCC